AUGAACGUACAGAGGACAGCGGGAGGAGAAAAAGAAAGGAGGAGAUGCUGUAGAAAAGUGGGGGGGAGGCUGAAAAAAAGAGCCUGCAAGGCGACAAGGACAGGAGGAGAAAAAGAAAAGAGGUGCUGCAGGAGAGAAAACACAGAGAGGAAUCAAGGGCUGCAAAGAGGGGAGGAGCCGAGAAGCAAGAAAGUGCUUCAGAAAUUGAUAUUGAAGCGUGAAGAAACGAUACCCAAGGUCCUGCAGAAAAUUUCAAAUAACAGAAAAAUCAAGGAAGAAACAAAAGGGCAGGAGCAAUCAGAGAAGAAAGGCAAGGUUAUUCCUUUGCGGCUCAAAAACAUCCGAUGCAAAGUUUAA